AUGCCUACCUACGACUGUAAUCGCAAGUACGCAGAGAAGAUCCUGUAUCCUGGUACCCCGGAUUACGAGACAUGCAGACGCAACAAUCCUAGUGGAGAUGCUCCUGAUGCAUACCCUGCAGAAAUUCACGUGGUUCAUCAUGUCGAAGACGUUGUGUCUGCACUGCACCGGGCGAACGAGUUAAAGAAAGAUAUUGGCGUUCGAUCAGGCGGCCAUACAAUGUCUAACGGAGGCAUCUUUACGGGCAUUCUCAUCGAUACCACUCACCUCAACCGAAGCGUGCAAUACGAUUCAGGCACUCAUGAUAUAAGCUUCGGCCCUUCGGUGCGGGUUCAGGAAUUGGCUGAAAAACUCCGCGAAGUCAAUCGUUUCUACCCUCACGGCCACUGUCCUACUGUCGCAGCUGGUGGCUUCCACCUCGGUGCUGGGCAGGGUGUAGGCAUGCGAGGCUGGGGCCCAACUUAUCGCGACUGGUUAACUCAAAUCGAAAUCGUCGUGGCUGACGGUCGCAUUGUGAUUGCAAGCGCCAAGGAAAAUUCCGACCUAUUCUGGGCUGCAAGAGGAGGCGGUCCGGCCUUCUUCGGUGUCAUCACGAAAUUUUGGGGAAAAACUAUUCCUCGAACAAAAUGGUGGGGCCAGCAUACCGUUUUCGAGUUGGGGAACAACUACAAAUCUCUCAUGAGAUGGUUCAUUGAGCAGUCCAAGGAGACGCCGAGAAUGGGAACCGAACUUAACGCUGCCAUCUUCUUUGCCGAAAAGGCGGAUGCGGCGAAUCUUGCAGACAAGCCGCCUGCUGAGGCCAGCCUCAAAUUCGCCGUCACAAAUAUUGCCCUCGCUGAUACCAAGAACAAAGCAAAGGAAAUGCUGGCUGCUUAUGAGGAGAUUCCGACUGAGCUAAGGUCGUCCGUACUGGAGUCAUCCUGGAAUGAGGUGACUUUGGAGAAGAUGUGGGACGAACAGAACUUGCUGUGGAAUAGCGACAACAGUGAGCAUUGGAGGUUUCAGAGCCUUUGCACGGACAAGUCGGUGGAUUUAAGCAAACUACUUGAUUCUACCGAACCAAUCCAAACGGACAUCCCCACGCUACGAUCGGUUUCCCUUCUAGUCAUACCUGGCUGGGAGGACCCGGACGAGGAAGCUUGCGCAUUUAGCGUGCCAAUUCAGCUGUACUUUUGUUCAUUCGCGGGUUGGGCGGACCCAAAUCUGACACCCCUAUUGAAAGAGCACUGGCAAAGUCGAUACAAGAAGUUGUUGCCGUACUCGUCCGGGAUGUUUGCCGCAGACUACGACGUGACUACUGAUGAAGCAAAUUCCACACCAUUAUCCAACACCGCUCUAACACGAUUCAUGGAUAUUGGUAAGAAAUGGGACCCGCAACAGUUAUUUCCGACGAGGAACAAUUAUGUCUUGACUUCUGAGAAAAUGAAGAAGCUAUGGCAGAAGUCUUAA